UUCAGGUAUCAUGAAGUGUAAAUACUUAGCAAGGAACUGGUUCCUAAAAUUUCCGCACUUUCUUUUCCAAGAAGCCUGUUUUCAAGAGGAGGGCCUUGGAAGUCAUAUCGAUACAUUCAUCCAACUUGUUUUUUUACCCCCUCUGGAUUUAUCCUAUAAUUCCUACUCAUUCUGUCAUGCCUGAUUAGUAAUUUGGAAAAGUACAAGGGAGCUAUUAAAGUUUAGUAGAGGGAGGAAAGGGAGACAUAGUCCUCAAAGAUAAACCCACAUUUCUUAGUAGCUUCUGUGGAACUGAUUUUAAUGCCUCCUUUAAGAGAAAAAGGUCAAGUAAAUUAUAUCUGUGAUAGCUGAAACUUGAAGUGUUAGAUGAAUCCCUCAGCAUAGGCCUUGCCCAUAUAGAUUCACUAGGAUGAAAGUUGUAAAGAUGCUUUAAGUCAGGUUCUGUUGAGGAAAUGCCAGAGCACCUCCCAGUUUCCUUGUAGUGCAUGAGAAAACAAGAGGACAAGAAAAAUCCCCUUACUAUUGGAAAAUGUCAUAGUGAAUUCAUGAUGGUUCUUAAGUGGAAUUCCUUAGCUUGUGAUUUAGUUUUAUUUGUGUGAAUAAAAGAACAAUGCAACUGUUAAGUAGCUUUAUUUUCUACCUCAGUUCUCUAAAACAAGAGCAGGGAGAGAGAAGAGAAACUCGCCACUCCCUGUGAUCAGGGAGUGACCUAACUUUGCUCUCCUUGGUGAGAGGAUGGUGGGUUUGGGUUCUGGAGAGCUGAUUGCUAAUAGCCAUUUUAAGGAAUUACCACAAAUGUGAUACCAUCUUCUCCUUGCAUAGUGUUAUAAAAGGGUAUAUACACGCUGAAAAGCAAAUUGCAUACUACUUUAUCGGACUAGAAAUGAGAGAAAAGGGUGUUGGCAAUCCAGUCAAUAAUCAUCUUCUAAUUUGUAAGCACUCUCCUCUCAUCUCCAUCACUUCAUCCCAUCCUGUGAGGAGGAGCAGCCAUGCUGGAGGAUUAUUUUCAUUUUUAACAGAUGAGAACAUUGAAAAUCUAAAGAAGGGAUAGCUUGCCAGGUGGCUUCUUUCGCGAUAUGGGGGAAGGAAAUUUAAUAUUCGUUAAGAGCUCAAGUCAUCUUCACACGUGUUUUUAAUUCUCACAAAGCUCUUUAAAUUGGAUAUUUUCAACCCAUUUUGCAGAUGAAAUUGUAGCCAAGAGAGGUUAGUAGUUCACUUGAGGUCUGGCAGCUGAGAGCCAGGAUUCAAACUUUGAUCGGCUGGAUCUUAGAGUUUACGCUAUUUCCAGCCUCUGUGCUGGUCCAAAGGUUAGCAGACAGCAAAGCUUCCAUCUCUAGAAGCUUAUUUGCAUGGCGUUUUGGUGUGCCAGGAACAAAAAAUAAGAUAAUUAAAGGCAGUGAAACUGAAGUAAAAUAGGAAGAUCAUCAGCCAAGAAGGGCCUAUUGGAGGAAGCAGAGGAUGGAAAAUCAAGUGAAGCACUGUUUGAUUGUAGCAGCAGGCCUUUGAAAUUUAACUCAAAAAAUGAGUGCUCUUAAUUCAGAGAACUGCUCUUUUCAGUACCAGCUGCAUCAAACACAUCAGCUUCUAGAUGGUAACUGUCUGUUAUUCUUGAUUAUACUUGGGAAAAUACUGUUAAAUAUCCUCACAUUAGGAAUGAAAAGGAAAAACACCCAUCAAAAUUUUUUGGAAUAUUUUUGCAUUUCACUAGCAUUUACUGAUCUUCUGCUUUUGGUGAAUGUUUCCAUUAUAUCUUAUUUCAGGGAUUUUGUGCUUUUAGGCAUUAGGUUUACUAAAUACCACAUCUGCCUAUUUAUUCAAAUUAUUUCUUUUACUUACGGUUUUUUGCAUUAUCCAGUUUUCCUGAUAACUUGUAUAGAUUAUUACCUGAAUUUCUCUAAAGCCACCAAGCUUCCAUUUAAGUGUCAAAAAGUAUGUUAUUUCUUUACAAUUAUUUUAAUUUGGAUUUCUGUCCUUACUUAUGUUUUGGGAGAUCCAGCUAUCUACCAAAGCCUGAAGGCACAGAAUGUUUAUUCUCAUCAAUGUCCUUUCUACAUUGGUGCUCAGAGUUACUGGCUGUCAUUUUCCAUGGUGACAAUUUUAUUUAUGGGUUUUAUAACCUCUUGGUCAGAAGUCAUUACCUUGGUACAGGCUCUUAGGAUAACUUCCUACAUGAAUGAGACUAUCCUGUAUUUUCCCUUUUCAUCACACUCUUAUACUGUGAACUCUAAAAAAACACUCUUGCCCAAGUUGAUUAUCUGUUUUCUUGGUACCUGGUUACCAUUUGUACUACUUCAAGUAAUUAUCCUUUUAUUUGAAGUACAGAUUCCAGCUUACAUUGAAAUGAACAUUCCAUGGUUGUACUUUGUCAAUAGUUUUCUCAUUGCUACAAUGUUUUGGUUUAAUUGUCACAAACUUAAUUUUAGAGACAUGGCAUUACCUGUGGAUCCAUUUGUCAACUGGAAAUGCUGCUUCAUUCCACUUAUACUUCAUAAUUUUGAGCAAAUUGAAAAGCCUAUAUCAGUAAUAAUUUGUUGAUAUGUUAAAACUAAAACUUACAGCUACAAGACUAAUAAUUUUACAAACAGGAAAGAAUGAGGCCUUGGGACAUAUAGUUAACUGAAGCUCUCCCCCGACCCCAAACUUUCAUACCUUUUCAGAAUGUGUCUUUUGGGGGCUAUAUUUAUUAGUUUUCUAACAAAAUACUUCCAAAAAUAUAUUUAUACCUGUUGGCCAUACUCAUGAAAACUACUGGAUACAAACUGUUAUGUAAAUCUGAGAUUCUUCUGCCAACUUUUCAGAUUUAAAUAAACAUUUUUAUUAAACUCA